AUGGAUGAAAUAGAAAAGCUUGAGAUCCUAUCACUGGUAUCGAGACUGACAACCGAACUGAGUAAUUAUGUUGGUGUAGCAGAUAAGAGCCUGGCGGAGUUCAUUCUCCACCUCCAUAGCGAGAGCCAUAAAGAAACGCAAGCCGGACUUAAAGAUUCAGAAAUAGGUGAAGACGAUGUUGUGAAUGUGCGAAUAGCGAACUUCAAGGCCAAACUGGAUGAAAAUGGAGCCAGCUUUCCUGAUACUUUUAUAGAGCAUAUGGAUCAUUUGAUUGCUAGCAUGCAUCCCGAGUUCAGAAAGGCAGCCAAGUCAAACUCACGUAAUGGAGAUGCUAAUGGAACUUCCAGUGGCAAUAGCAGCACUAAGAAUGAUUACGAUGGACAAUCCCACAGAUCAGCACAAGAAAAAGAGAAAAUAUUCCGAGGUCUGGCUAUUCCUGACAGACCUUUAGGACCCAGUGGCGGCCAACGAGAGAGAAGUAGAAGUCGAAGCAGGAGCAGAAGCAGAAGCAGAAGUCCGAAUAAUACAUACAAUUACACCAGAGAAAGCACGUACGACCAUCAUCAACAACGCCACAAUCGCUUCGACGACCGCUAUGACCGUCGUCGGAACGACCACGACGACUAUGACAGGGACUACGGCCGAGACCGCGAUCGUGGACGUAAACGGUACCGAUCACGAUCUCGCUCGCCGUCUCGAUCCCGCUCACUGCUUCGAGACCCUGUCGUAGGAGACAUCUACGAUGCCCGCAUCGCCAACAUCACCAACUACGGCGCAUUUGCGACCCUCCAAGGAUUCGAAACCAAACGAGACGGUAAGUCUGAACCUCGGGGGUGUGGACAUGCCUCCGGCGGCUGGGGCUGCGCCCCAGACCCCGCUGCUCCUCUCGCUUCGCUCGAGUCGUUGCGUACACGGUCCCAGCCAUCUCCUGCGAAGCAGGAGCUACGGGGUCUGGGGCGGAGCCCCAGCCGCCGGAGGCAGAAUGCACGUGAGAUUGGAACUAACAGAGCAGGUCUGAUUCAUAUUUCGGCGAUGAGAAGUGGCCCGAGAAUUGAGCACCCGUCGGAUGUAGUGAGACGGGGACAGCUGGUGAAGGUGAAGUUGAUGAAGAUCGAGAAUGGAAAGCUGGAUCUGUCGAUGAAAGCGGUGGAUCAGGAGACUGGGUUGGAGAUCCUGGAUGCCAGGGCGACUGGUGCUAAUGGCACGGGUCUUGGUAGGGACGCUGGAGAUGGUGAGGUGGCGGCGAAUGUCGGUAAAAGGAGGAGGAAACGACUGACUUCGCCAGAGAGAUGGGAGAUACGGCAGCUGAUUGCGAGUGGUGCGGUGUCAGCAGCUGAUUAUCCCGACCUUCAGGAGGAUAUUGACGAUUUCACGAACACGACAGAGGAUUUGGAACCGGAGAUUGAUGUGGAUAUCGAGGUGCGAGAGGAGGAACCGCCGUUUUUGGCGGGUCAGACGAGACAGAGUCUGGAACUGAGUCCUAUCAGGGUAGUCAAAGCGCCAGAUGGGUCGCUGAAUAGAGCAGCUAUGACGGGUGCUGAACUCGCAAAGGAGAGGAGAGAGGCGAGACAGCUGGAACAGCGACAGGCCGAGCUGCGACUCAAGGAGGCGAAGAAACAAAGCCAUGGCGAGUCGAGCGACCCAUUCGCCGCAAGAGCUGCUAUGUCUGCUGCUGCUGCUGGUGAUGCUGCUGCUGCUACAAAUAAUGAGCUGGCGUCACUGAUAGCGGCACAAGAGUGGAAGAAGGCCAACAAAAAUGCGACUUAUGGCAAACGGGUUACCAUGAGCAUUGCCGAACAGCGAAGGUCUCUUCCUGUGUAUGGACUUCGUCAACAGUUGGUUCAGGCGGUGGCUGACAAUCAGAUUCUAAUUAUUGUUGGUGAUACAGGUUCAGGAAAAACCACCCAAAUCACUCAGUACUUGUAUGAGGAAGGGUUUGCCGACCAUGGAAAGAUCGGUUGUACACAGCCAAGACGUGUGGCUGCAUUGUCAGUUGCGAAGAGAGUAGCUGAGGAAGUUGGAUGUAAAGUUGGUGAUGAAGUUGGUUAUAACAUUCGAUUUGAGGAUUGCACCAGCAGUAGGACGAAAAUCAAAUAUAUGACAGAUGGUAUGCUACAAAGAGAAGCUCUACUAGAUCCAGAUAUGUCGCAGUACUCAGUGAUUAUGCUUGAUGAGGCCCACGAAAGAACUAUAGCUACAGAUGUGUUGUUUGCCCUGCUGAAAAAGGCUGCUCGUCGCCGACCCGAUUUAAAACUGAUUAUCACAUCAGCAACUUUGGACGCAGAAAAGUUUUCCGAGUACUUUUUUGAAUGUCCUAUUUUAUUUAUUCCUGGAAGAACAUUUCCAGUUGAUAUCAUGUAUACUAAAGAGCCCGAGUUCGACUAUCUCGAGGCGUCGCUUAUGACGGUGUUACAAAUCCAUUUAUCAGAACCGGCGGGAGAUAUCCUGGUGUUUUUAACUGGUCAAGAUGAAAUCGACACUGCUUGUGAAACUCUUUAUGAAAGAAUGAAAAGUCUGGGUGAUGGUAUUCCCGAGCUGAUUAUUCUCCCAGUAUAUUCAGCUCUACCAAGUGAAAUGCAGAGUCGUAUUUUCGAGCCUGCCCCCAAAGGAGCUAGAAAAGUAGUCAUUGCUACUAAUAUUGCCGAAACAUCUAUUACUAUCGACGGUAUUUACUAUGUAGUGGAUCCUGGGUUUGUCAAAGUCAAUGCUUAUGAUCCUAAACUCGGUAUGGACUCGCUGGUGAUAUCUCCCAUCAGUCAGGCUCAAGCCAAUCAACGGUCAGGUCGUGCUGGUCGUACUGGACCUGGUAAAUGCUACCGUCUGUAUACGGAAUCAGCCUUUCAAAAUGAGAUGCUACCGAACACAAUUCCAGAGAUUCAACGACAGAACUUGUCCAAUACAAUUCUCAUGCUCAAAGCUAUGGGUAUAAACGACCUGUUACAUUUCGAUUUUAUGGACCCACCACCGUCUAAUACAAUGUUGACGGCCUUGGAAGAGUUGUAUCAAUUAUCAGCACUUGAUAGCGAAGGAUUAUUAACAAGACUAGGAAGGAAAAUGGCCGACUUCCCUAUGGAACCAGCCAUGGCCAAGGUCCUAAUUGCGUCUGUAGAAGGAGGAUGUGCUGAAGAAGUGCUUACAAUUGUAGCCAUGUUAUCAAUGCAGACAAUUUUCUAUCGACCACGAGAGAAAAAAGAACAAGCUGACCAGAAACGAAUGAAGUUUAACGAUCCUACUGGCGACCACCUGACUCUUUUGAAUGUAUACAAUUCGUGGAAACGCAACGGGCAGUCAAAAGCGUGGUGUAUUGAAAAUUUCAUUCAAGAACGAACGAUGCGACGAGCUCAAGACGUCCGUACACAGUUGUUAUCGAUUAUGAAGAAGUACCGUCACCGGAUCGAGAGUUGUGGUGACAAUGUCGAUAAAGUGCGACGAGUUCUCUGUAGCGGAUAUUUCCGCAACGCAGCACGAAAAGAUCCGCAAGAAGGAUACAAAACACUUGUGGAACAAACACCCGUGUCACUUCAUCCGUCCUCAGCACUGUUUGGAAAACACGCCGAGUACGUUAUCUACCACACACUUCUUCUCACCACCAAAGAGUACAUGCAAUGUGUGACAACUAUCGACCCCAAAUGGCUCGUCGAAGCAGCACCCACCUUCUUCAAAGUGGCCGACCCACACAAUCUCAGCAAACGCAAACGCAACGAGAAAAUCGAGCCCCUCUUCGACCGGUUCGCGGCAGACAAAAACGACUGGCGCAUCAGCGCUCAAAAAAAGGCAUAUAACUAA